AUUUAUCCUGAGACCAUGCAGCUGAACCUUCUCAUCCUGGCUCUCUGCCUUCUUGGCACAGUAUCACUGGGUGAAGCACAGGGAAACAACACAACCGACACAAAUACUACUAGUGUACCCACAACUGCCGAAACUAGUCAAACCACCGUAGCAGGCUCACCCACCACUACUGGAGCUGGCUCAGCCACCACUACUGGAGCUGGCUCAGCCACCACUACUGGAGCUGGCUCAGCCACCACUACUGGAGCUGGCUCACCCACCACUACUGGAGCGGACUCAUCCACAACCGCUUCACCCACUACUACUGGGCCUGUGGAAGAAGGUUCAUCAGGGGGGCUUUCAUCUGGCGCUAUAGCCGGUAUUGCUAUUGGCUCCAUUGCAGGAGUGGCUGCUGUUGGUGGUGGUAUCUUUGGCGCAUUGAAGUACACUGGGAGGAUCUGAGAAGUAUUGCCAAACAAGAAUGGUUUUGGAUUGUAAAAUAAAGUAUUUACCAUUCUCAAAUCAAACAGCUUAAAUCAUGACCUGUUUAACUGGACAAUGAAAAAAAAUCUUAUUGUCUGAAAGGCUCAUAU